UACCCAAAGACAUCUACCCGGUUACACUAUGAGAACCACAUCGAGAGUGCGUACUUUCUUGCGGGGAAGUUAACAUACCAGUGGCAAGAUACCAGCGGCGAGUGGGUUCAUGCAAAUGCAAAAACGGAUUGCAAUAAUGGCACAAACUACCUAAUGAAUAUGCAUGACUGUCAUGUGCUGAAGAAUCACGACGAAGACGCUUACUGCAUCUGUAUCUUCGACCCUGUUCUUAUUGGGGCAGAAGAGUACCAGCCAACAAAAGGCGUAUUCUUGGGAUACAAGACAUGAACCGAGAAAUUAAAAUCAAUAUAGGAAAAUAAUAGCUUGAAAUAAAAGGUUGUUCAAUCAUAGUGAGCCAAAUUCAACGUAUUUGGUUUUUGUUAUAGAAUUUAACUACCCAUAUACUCGAACCGAACAUUUUUGCCUUGUUUUCCUGUAAUUAGUUUGUAUGCCUAUGAAAGACUAAUUAAGUUAUAAUACAUGCUUUAAAAUUUAUGCAACCAGGACAUUAACUUCGGCCAAGUUUGGUCAACGGCAAUUUGUAAACCACUGGCCAAUUUUCCAUGACGCCCAAUAUAUGUUCAAUGCGCAGGUUACCAGUCAAAAUUGACUUUGUCACUGAUCGCAUUUGCCCUUUUAGUUGGAGCCAUUGGCCAUAAACCCGUAACAAGUUGUUCAUUGGUGAGCUGUCAGCAGAUUCUGUCAGUUGAUUAGCACAAUGUUUAAUGCAUGAUAAAUAACCAAAUUUAACAAUGUGAUAUUCAUGCGCAAAUGCAAUCGUUUUGGUAUCCUUGUAAACACAUAUAGGCCUAUAUGAGUGUGGAGCUUUCAGUAGCCUGUGCAUCACAGACGUACAAGUAAUGCAAUUUUCACAGACAAUUAUGCAAAUUUCCAAUGAUGAUAAUUUACAAACACUGAAUUUCACCUAGUUCACCUACGAAUGUGUUUUACGCGCGGAAGUUUAUUUGCAUGCCUGAUUCCCCGACGUCGCGCGCUCCGUAACCUAUAAGCGAGGCUUACCUGUCUUGGUUUCACUCCGGUAUUAUUUUCAAUCAGUGUGUGCAGUUGCAUGGCCUGUUUAUACCGUUGAUCAUACUAGAUGUAACUAACAGUUGGUUUGGGAAAUAAUUACACAUAGACUUUAUAAACGGUGCUAUAAUCUUUGUACAUAAAUGCACAGGUUGCUAUUCUGUUGUGGUUGACAUGCUAGAAAUAUUGGACUUAUGAAAUAUUUGUCAUUAAUGUUCUGUAAGAGGUUUAUUGAGGUUUACGUGACCCUGUAGAUUGGUUACUAAGUUGAUUGCCAUUCCUUUCGAUUUUGAAUAAUAUUUUCCAAUGUGGGUGAACUGGGUACUCUAGCGACUGGCGACAAGUUUAUGUUUGGUACGUGCUUUUGCUCGAAAGUUUCGGCUGUGCCAUUCCAAUCUCAGAGCACUGGUGACUAACUUCUGGUCAAUUCACCCCAUUUAUUGUACCGAGGACCCGCUUAGGAAAUUAAACUACAAAACCUGGGUUAGAACUAGGGUGAUUCGUUCUUUUUACUGACUGGUAAUGGGAUUAGCGUGAGCAAGGCCUUACCUAAAAGUUACACAAAGGGAGUAAAACUAGAACAACGGAACAGCCCAUAGACUGACGUGCUGACCUGGCCGUUUUGCCAUUAGCACCAGAAGUUUUGCGGAGCUUAUGCUAGGCCGACUUGAUGUCUUGAAAACUUGACACAUCAUGAAAGUGAGUCAUUCAUCCAAUCUACCUGAAAUAACUCUACCAAAUAGCGCCCUCAUCGGCGUUCAACUCACCGAUGACAAGGAUUACGAUAAGUUCAAGACAUAUGAGGCACGCAUUCCAGCCAAGUCUACCGUUCCUCUUCGAUCACCUGAGAGUGAGAAUAGUGUCCACAUCUAUUACUGUAUCAGUGGGAAAGGAACGUGUGGGGAGCCUGGAGGAGAUCAACGAGAUGUCAGCCCGGACACUGUGGUGGCACUGUCUUUCGAUAUGACCUACGAGUUGACAGUGUCGGCGGAGAGCGGUAUGCGUCUAUUUGUAGUCUACUAUCCAGACGCCAAGAUGGGCUACCGAUCGCUGGCUGUAGUAAGAGGUCUGUCUGAGAUAGUUGGCACGGACAGGGAUACCGACUGGGGAAACGGGCACAGUCGGCGAUAUCUCAUAAAACAAGAUGGCUUCCCUUUGGGUGUUCACAAUACCUGGGUUUACCCGAAGACAUCUACCCGACUAGGCUAUUUAAACCACAUUGAGAGUGUAUACUUCAUUGCAGGGACAGUUACGUAUCAGUGGUAUGAUACCAACGGUGAUUGGGUUCAUGAGACCUCGAAAACAGAACUUGAGAAUGGUACCAACUACCUGAUGAAUAUGCAUGACUGUCACGUAUUGCAGAACCAUGACGAAGACGCCUACUGUAUCUGUAUCUUCGAUCCUGUUCUGACUGGAAAGGAGAAUCAUAAGAUUACUGAAGGCGGGUUCUCUGGGUACGAAGCUUGCAUGGACUGUUAAUUGUUAUCAGAAUACAAAUAUAGCCAAUAUAUAUUCUUUACAGAAAUUCAUACAUUAAUUUACAAUCAUAUCUGAUGCGAACAUCAUUUACUUUAGUAAAUAAUACAGCACCCUAAUUCUUAUGUAGGCCUAGAUGUUAUGAUUUAAUCUUUUCUGAUGUCACUUCCUCUGUUGAGUCCAUUCUUACCCUUUUGCUGAUAUGGUUUAUUUUCAGAAAUGUAAGUUUUUAAUAAAAAUGUAUUAACUCCAUUCAAUUAAAAAAGUAUGCAUUUACACAGAUCUUCAACAUUAAAUAGAUUGAUUAACAUUGGUCAUGGAAAGUGAGAGUAAUUAUGCACCUUGCAUACCUUUUUCUAGUAAAAGAAGAGGAUAUAAAAUUAAACCACUUUUUUGACGUCACGUCAUUCAGAAAAGUGUCGAUUAUACUUAAGAAUUUACAGUAAACUAUACAUUCUUUUUUCAAGAAUGUGCAGUAAUUCUUGCAAAAAAAGGAAAAAUCAAAAUUGACUUUAGACACAGAAAUCGCAGUUGUGACUUUGGAUAGACCUGUCAUAUAAUGACGUCACUUUUGUUUACAUGUGCGCAUUCCCAUGGCGGUGAGGUGGGACCCGAUUCAUCGAGUUCUCAUAGGAAGAAUAGAUGUAUUACAUAGCGUGACAUUAUUAUGCUUAAGGUCUAUAUUAGAACGUCAAGCACAAUGAGAAACUCUCUUAACAGCUAGUGAAGUAAACCAUUUUAGAUGUUCGCAAUUUACCACGCUGAUAUUUUUAGUUUGAUGUUCGGUGACGGUAAACAGAUUUUCAUCUAAAAUGAAACACACCUUUCAUUUCACGCAUAAUGUGUGUUGUCCCAUUUUAUUUGUCUUUUUGUUUCGUCAUUUUUACUUAUUAUGUUUUAUGUUAAUUGUAACGUAUAAUUUUCAUCAUUUUCCUUGUGUUUUUCUUUUUAACAUUCGCAUUUAGCCUGGGUAACCUCAGUUUAACUCUUCCUCUGUUAUUAGAGUAAACAUUUCUCAAUAACUACAAGGACGACAAUUCAUAUGUAACUUAACGAAACCGAUUAAUCGUUUAGAAACUUACAUAUAUAGCAGUCCUUUCCGGAUCAUAUUAAAAAAAACUUCACUGACCGAGAGAUCGGGAUGAGUAAGCAUGUAAUUCCAAGGUUGUAAACAUGAUCUUCUUAAGGAGAUAGCGAACUGGGGUUUCGAAAUUAGCCGCUCGCGAAACUUGCUUGUUGGUGAUAUGUUUAGAGGAGGACAUUUAUUCAAUGUUGCCAUUGUGGACACAAAUUAGAUACACAAAUGUACAUUUGUCACAGAUAAAUAUCAUUAAUAUCAUCAUUGUUACAUAACAUUAAGAAGAAAAUGACAACAUUUUGGUGUUAGGUUAAGCAUGCAAAUGCUUUUGUACCCUAACCUAUGGACAGACAGACAACGAGGAGGCAAUCAGAAAAGAAGACCAAAAAACGUACAGUCAAGGGACAAACAAAACAUAGCAUACGGCUGACAAGUGUGAGACAAGGACAAGAUGCUUAAUUAAAAGAGCACUUCGGAAAAUUUAUGUACAUUUCUCUGAAAAAAUUUGUUUUUAGUUUCUUUACAAAGACGGGUAAAGAUAGACAUUGACGUCCUGCUAAACUGGACGUACAGGUUUCCCUUUGAACUACUUCGUGUAUUGAAAUCAUGGAUGGUUGAUGUCAAGGUAAAACAGGCUUUAUGACAGGGAGGGAGUAGGUCAUGCCUUAAUUUUUAACUUCGCUAGAUUCAGGUGAUAUAGGUUAUUACACUGUAAAAGAUUUAAUUUAGAAAACAAUGGAGCAGAAUGAUCACGGGAACCGGCAUUUGUAAUUACACGAACCACUCGCUUUUGUUGAGUAAGAAAUCUGUUACAUCUAGAUGGCGAGCUGCCCCGGGUAAUAAUAGCAUAAUUCAAAUAUGGUAAAUUAAGGAAUUAUACAAUCUUAAUGAAACCUUAUCCAGAAGACAAAGCCUUAAGCGAUUCAUAAUGCCUAUUUUCUUGGGUAUUGUUUAAAGCUACCUCAUCGAUGUGACAUUUACAAGUAUGAUUUUCAUCCAGUGUUACACCCAGAAAUUUUGUACUUGGGUCAACCUCGAAUUGUUUAAGAUCAAGUGGACAUUUUGUGAAUACUUAAAUUGAUGUGAACCAAAUAUUAUGUAAUGUGAUUUGAGGGCAUUAAUACACAAUUUGUUUGCUAAAGCCACUCAUUAAUUUUAGCAAGUUCCAAAUUAGUUUUUUUGGAUUGCUUCAUUUACAUUAUUGUGUGUAUACAACACUGUUUGAGGUACUGUUUGAGGUACUUUAUAAUCUGUCGUUGAUGUAAAGUAGAAAUAGCAAUGGUCCUCAAUUAGAACCUUGUGGUACCCCACACAAGGACUGCCUUGUGUGGGGUUCAUUGACUCCCCGACUGCUGGAAUUCACAGAUUUAAACGAUAUGCACUGCUCUCUGUUACAGAGAGAACUUUUUAAUAAGUCUAGAGCUGUACCACAAAUUCCGUAAUACUCUAAUUUUUUUUAGUAAAUGUUAUGAUGGACAGUGUCAGAAGCUUUUGAUAAGUCUAGAAAUACACCAAUGGAGAAGUUCUGUUUGUCAAUCGCAUUACAUUACUAAGAACAUAUAAUAUCGCCAAUUUUGUGAUUCAGAAAAAAAUGUCGUGUGAAGAAAGAUAAUAAUCUCUGAUAAAUAAGCUUUUCAAACAAUUUUGAAAAUGUAGAUAGGACAGAAAUAGGUCUAUAAUUAGUUACAUCGUGCUUACAACCUUUUUUGUAAAUCGGUAUUACUUUGGCUUUUCGUAGACAAUCAGGAAACACUCUAGCUGUGAGAACCUUGAUAAAGAUAUCAGCCAAGGUCUUAGCAAGUGCGUUCCUUGCCUGCUUGAUGACACAGGGACUUAGAUCAUCACAACCAGGCACCUUCCCAGAAGGAAAUUUGCUUAUACAAUCAGCAACCUCCUUUUGGGUAAAAAGUGUGAAAAACAGGGAGUUUGAGUUUUUGUUACUUAGAAAAUAAAAUAAAAAGUCCACAAGUCAUAGCGGUAGCAUUUGAUAACUUAACUUGUGCGCCCUACGAUCCACCGAUGGUUGCUGACUGCAUGUGUAUGACUUGGUAAGCACGCAUCUUGCUUGCAAGAGAAUAAAAAAAAACAGUUGUGCAGCUAGGCGAAGAGUUAUACAAUUUAACUACUUGGGCCAAAAGUGAGACUUUUAUGUACACGCAGAUUUACACAGGGGUCCAAAGAUGGAUAAUGGAUGGAAUUCAUCUCGGCUCAAAGCAUAGUAAAAAAGUUCUUCUAUCAUGCAACAAUAGUAAAGGGAAACGUGGUGUAAAUCAGAGAAACGACUCAAAAUGUGGAAAUUGUUUGAUUCCAAUGGGCGAGGAGGCGUUGGGCUUGGACGCUUCGCGUCCUCGCCUAUUCAAAUAAAAGAAUCUACACGUUUUGAACGGCAUUGUUAGCAUGCCUUGCCUCGAAAAAUAAGAAUAAAACCCAACUAUAUUAAGUUAGGCAAACAGAGUUUUGACCUUUGUUACAAUGAAACUGAACCUUGGCCCUUUUCACGUACGAAGUCAGUAUUAGUUGAACUGAAUAGACCUCGUACGGAGGCAUAUUUUGGUGUCUGCCAUAAUUAUUGGUUUACCUACGCAUUAAAUUCAGCUAGCUUUGGGCUCGUAGACUGCCUUUGACCAACAUAAAUGCAGGAUUCCUUUUUACAUUUUGUAUGCUGAGGUCAGAGAGCUUAUCUUUAAACAUGCUGAUUACACAUUCUGUCGAUUUUCCCGAAAGUACCCUUCCAAACAGCGCACUCAGCGGAGUCCAGCUGACCACUGAGAAAGACUUCAGUGACUUCACUAUAUAUGAGGCACGUGUCCAGGCCAAUUCCACUGUUCCCUUCAGAUCACCUGACAACAAGAGAAGCCUUCAUUUCUACUACUGCAUUAGCGGAAGGGGGAAGUUUCAAGCUAGCGCUGGUGGGGAAAAGCGGGAUAUUUGCCCUGAUACUGUGAUAGCACUGUCCUCCGAUGUGAUCUACGAAUUGACAGUGUCAGCAGAGGGCCCCAUGCGUGUGUUCGUAGUCUACUAUCCAGACAAUGAGUUGGUUUAUACCUCUUUGGCAGUUGUGCGAAGCUUAGCAGAAAUUGAUGGUACUGAAAGAGAUGUCGACUGGGGAAACGGCCACAGUUGGCAAUACCUCCUCAAACCAGACGGGCUUCCUCUGGGUAUCAGCAAAACGCGAUUAAACCCUGUAACGUCUUCUAAAUUGGCCCAUCAACACCACACAGAAAGUGUGUACUACACCUCUGGGCGAGUCACCUACAAAUGGCAGGAUACCAGUGGUACCUGGGUAAACCAUAGCUCUAAGGUGGAUGCAGGGAAUGGCACCAACGUCCUUUUAAAUGAUCAUGACCGUCACAUACUGGAAAACCACGAGGAAUAUUCUAACUGUAUCUCUAUCUUCUAUCCCGCCCUGACGGGAAAAGAAGAGCAGGUCCUGACUGAGGACGGGUUUACUGGUUUUGAGAGUUCAUAUUGAAUUUGAUAAGAAAAUGUAUACUGAAAUGCAAUUUCUUUUUUUCAUAAGAAAUAUUGAUACACUUCAAAUCUGUGUAGCUAAAAAAGUUUAUUUCUUUAUAAAGUGGAUGCCGCUGAUUCCCCUUACAAGCUACAGGACUCUCACAGUUAACUCCAAAAAAAACUUUAAUCAUACAAAGACAAAAUGCACAAAGAUGGCGAGAAUAAAAUUAAAAAUAAUAAUAAAGUAUAAAAGUUUAAUUCACAGAUAUAUUCUGUGGUGUAUUAGGCUUAUAAAUGCCAAUGACAUUCUUGAACGAGCCUAGUAAAUAAAAUUCAAAGAACUCUCAGAACAAUGACUUUUGCUUUUUAUCUACUUUUAUUAAAUAAAAAGUUUCAAAUUGAAAACACGUACAUGUACUGCUCAACUUCCACAAGAACUCCCGUCACAGAGUGGAAAAAAAACCGGAAUUUCGAUGUCCUUGGCAAAUUGAAAAGAGGAUGUGAACUUAAAUAGCGAGUUAUAUACAGUGAGCACAUAACAGCCAUUCGGGUCGAGUUUGUUUUCUUAAUGUUAAGCAUUUUAAUUGGUCUGAACAAGGAAACCAAAACAGACGAUACCGGUCAGGAGGGUCAAAGUUCAACAGGCUAUACACCUCAUCCUUGUUGGCAGCUUUCACAAUCGACUUCCUCUAUGCUUAUCACCUAAACUUCACAGGUGUAUGUACGCGUGCAUAUUGGAAUCUGUGAUCUGCAAGUUGCUAUUUCUGAGCAUGGAAAGUUGCCAACAAUCUACAUUUAUAGGUCUGAAUGUAGGCGGGCAGGUUUACUUUACCACCUUGAGUACACUGCGGAGCGACUUGGAAUCUA